AUGAAUAAACUCGCCCAUGGGGGCCCCUACCCUGGUCGAGAGGCCGACGAGGCGGCUAUAUUCGCCCUCUGUAAAAUACAGACGGCAGCCGCUCUACCGCACACGAGGCAGCAGGUGUUGGGUGUGCCACCGAGAGCCCCGCCGGUUACAUCGCAUUUGCUUGCGGUCCCGGCGGCGGCGGCCUCGGCGGGAGUUGCGCCGCUGGUCUCGACCACUCAAGAGGUCGAUGUGCCCCCGGUUGCCCCCCUGGCCCCCGAAACACAAGAAGAGCCCGUGGCUGCGCUAGCCGUGGCCACCGAGAUGGAGGACGUCGAUCUGCCCGACGCAAAUCUGGCUGAGGCAAUUGCCGAGUCAGAGCGUCGUGACACUGACCCUGACGCUGCCCGCGCGCCCAGAAAGCGCCGGGCUAUGACAAAUGACGAUUCUGACACUCCCUCACAGACAUCUGACGCAGCGAGGCCGCGGAAGAAGGCCCCUAGGGCCUCCCGCACCUCCACCACAGAGUCUGGGACGACUAUCGCGGGCUCCUCCCGGAGCACCGCCAAGCAGAAACCGACGAAGACAACGCGGCGGUCCACUCGUCCACCUGCCGCCUCCCGGCAUCCGGACGAGGACGGUUUUGUUGCCCCACCCCGGCGGCACACUGCCAGGGCUGCUGCGCUGCAGCAACCGACCCCGCUGCCGACCGCCAACGCGUUUGCGAGCGCCAGCGUAGAUGCAUUGGACGAUGGCGCCGCGCCCCCGGCGCCUGCCCAAAAGAAGCCCUUUGCUGCCGCCACCAAGGGCGGCCCGUCAGCCUCCACCGCCCGACCUUCGGCGCAGGCGGAGGGCGAGACGCAGCAACCGACCGCGCCGUCCACGGCUUCGCCCGUGGGGGUGGCAACCCCUGCGCCCUCGCAGAGCGCGCGAGUUGCCGCCCCGCGCAGGCGUCGUCGGCGCGCGGGCCGGGCCACACCUGCCGUUGCGCAACGGACUGCCGCCAACACUCUGCCGCAGCAGAGGACGGCACCUCGUGCUGUGCCGCAACCGAGAUCGACUGCUGAUGCUCCACAGCAGCCGUCUACUUCGGAUCGGCCGCAACAGGCCGCCCCAGUGGUGGAGGCCGCCCCAGAGGCCCCCACCGCCCCCUUGGCCGCCGACGCAGCCGAGCUCCGAUCGCUCUUGCGGUCGUUGAGUCAGCUGCUCGAGCAACUCCCGGAGGGACUACAGGAGCAAUUGAUUGCUCUCCAAGACGCUGCAGAAGAGGUAGGCCAACUGGUCGACCCAGUGCAGCGCCAGGCCAUCUUCUACCCGAACAUGGCUGCCGCGCCCGACGACAGCGAUGACGAGAGCACGAUGGAAUAUGAUGACGACCAUCGGCGCCCGGUCGCUGAACGUCGGAAGCGGCAGUUGGCCUCCUCAUCGGACUCUGAGGCCACACAGCCCGCUGAACGCGGACUCACAAAGAAAAAGAAGGCCAUUGUUGACGCAGAGGGCUUCCAGGUGCCGCGCAAAACGGCACCUCGUCGCCAGUUCACCACAUCACUGUCAGACGUGCCUGUCAGCAAUACCUACGCGGCUAUUGAUGGUGCCGCAGACACCCCGCCAACUCCCCCAACCCCCGCACCCUCAGCCACCCCUCCCGCCCCUCCACCCAUCUCCAUACAACACAAAGGACCCUUCCAAGAGCUUCUACAAAUCCUAACUACCCACACCGAGCACCCCUUCCGCUUAAAAUGGGUUUACUUUUAUCUUCCAAAUGUUGCACCACUGUGUGAUUUUGUCGAGGUGCUCUUGUAG